UUGCUUGCAUCAGCCCCGACCCUUUGGUGCUGGUCACACGCAAGCAAACAAGAAGGGUCAGUUGACAGAUUCAGUGGGUGUGUCUGCUUGCUCUGAGAGGUUACUGCAUGCAACACAAUCAAGUCUUGGCGAGUCAUUUCUUCGUGAAAAGUGCGCACGACACAUCUCCUCCUCCGCUCUCCUCCUCCUCCAGAAAAUAAACAAAUAAAUAAAUAUUACCCCAUCGGACACGAAACAUUUUGAAUUGCCGAAUAGAAUUCGAAACUAAUCCUACCCUUUGUCAAACAAAUUGAUCACACACUGACGACGCUCACUGACGACGCAUACUAACCACGCUUACGGAGUGAUAAGAAACCAAGGACCAAUCACAAUGAAGCCCUUAUCACCUUUGAGCCCGGAGUGCAUCGCAGCCUCAAACUCGAAUCAUUUCUCUGCUUCUCCUCCUCUCGAGUUGUCAGAGGACGAGACGCUGGGCAUUUUGGGUGUUCGUCAACCAGAAGCUGAAAUUCCCAAAAUGGCGUUCGACAAUGACCUUGCAAUUGAUCUUUUCAUAAAAAAAUUAGCGGGCGACGAGACAGACAAUAGCCAGCUACCUCUUACCUUGAAUAUCUUGGUCGGCGGAAGAUACAAAAUGUGCCAACUAAUCGGUUCGGGUGCGUACGGAAAUGUGUACAAGACCAUCGAUGUGAAAAAUGAAUGUUUACGAGCAGUGAAGAUAAUCAAGACCAAGCACAACGAAACUGGAAAAGUAGCCCAGAUCCGUGAGGUAGAAGUAAUUUGGACCCUGUUUAGACAGAACCCUGAAAGUGCUAGAAAGUACAUUGUCCAUUUGCAUCACGUUUUCACCAGCCAUAAUCACCUUCUGCUUGCUUACGAACUUCUUGGCCCCAGUGUGGGUAGAGUUUUGAAUGAAAAUAGACGCCAAGGAUUUUCUCUUGAACAAACACGCGAAAUUGGGAUUCAACUCGUAAAUGCAAUUAAUUUUCUCCACCAACUUGGCAUCGCUCACCACGACCUCAAGCCUGACAACAUUGCCUUCGUCAACCCAGCGUUCGACUUUGACCCUGUCCUACAAGUGAACAGGAUGCGAAACACAGACAUCCGGAUCCUGGACUUUGGGAGUGCGGCGUCCUCGUCCGAGACGACAGCUACCAAAAUAGCGACAACUCGUUCCUACCGCUCCCCCGAAAUGGGGCUCGACGCCAUUUGGAACAGGGACCACCGUGAAGCGGAGAACAAAAGCUGCUUCAGCCCUUCAUCAGACGUUUGGAGUGCCGCCUGCACCCUGUUCGAGAUCUUUACGGGAAAUUUGCUCUUCAACUGCAGAAACGAAAUUGAGAAAUAUUUUCAAUACGAGAGCUUCUUUGGACCACUACCAGUCACUUUCGGAUUAGCUUCAAUGUUAUCUUGCUUUAAUGACCAAGGACGGCUUAAAUAUGAUGCUUCGACAAUGUCUGCUCGACGACACGUGAGCCAAAGUUCAUUCAGGGAAAUUGGAUCUGUAUUUCAAGCGGACCAACUUUUCGACCUUCUGAGUCAAAUGUUGGUAAUUGACGUGAACGAGCGCAUCACGGCUAGAGAAGUUUUGAACAAUUCUUUCUGGACUAUUGCUGAGACCCCCUCAGGAACCUCUUCCACCCAAGAUUGAAAACACCUAAAUUCAGCAUCUCUUCAUUUUUCUCAAGAUAACAGUAUAAUAUACCAAACUUAAUUGGUAAUGUUAGUCUUGCUCGUCUCAAGUUCUCCAUUUCUGUCUCAAUCUCACUUUGCCUCUUUUCCUCCCCACCCAGCUCAAAUUCCCCAUUCAACACUCCCAGUCAACAGUCCAGCUUCAACCCCGUCCCACUAGAUUAUUUCGGAAAUUUUGAUUUUUUGGUUUUUAGUAGUUAGUUAGUUGUAGUUGGGUAUUUAGCGUAUUGAUGUAGCUCCAUAUAACUCAACUUUAACCGAGUGACGGGUCAAAAUGUACAAUACAGCAUCCUCAUCCGAUGGUCGUGAACUUUUCCAGGGAGCUCUUCGUCUUUGGGAAAAAAUUACUCAUCCUACAAUAAUAAAUAUACGAAAGGAGAAGAACGGUAUGGUGAUAAUGGUAGUAGUAGUAAUAGCAGGUCUUCACGAACGGAUGAAAAGGACAAUCG